UGCACGUGCAGCGGUUAAAAACAUCCCCCGGAGAUCAAACUUCUGAUUCGACUUUCUACCCCCAAGCCGUCUGGUUCCCGGGAGGGGAGUUAGUGUCGAGCGGUUCCAGCCGACGGAGCCCCCCGGUCUGGAUGUCAUGGGCCUCCUGAGCAGGAGCAGGACGCUGAAAUACGGGCUCCCCAUGUUGUUGCUUAUUACUGGUGGAUCCUUUGGCCUCCGCGAAUUUGCGCAAGUUCGGUACGAUGUUCAAAAGGUGAAGAGAAAGAUUGAUCCAGCCCUUGAAGCUCAAUUGAACAAGAAUAAAAAUAGAGUUACAGUGGAAUCAGAGUAUCAGAAACUACAGGAGCAGAGCUUAGAUGACUGGGUAAACAUCCGAGGACCACGUCCCUGGGAAGACUCUAAAACUCACCAAGAGCAGCAGCGGAAGAGACUAAAUGCGAACAAUACAUAGUAUUAAUGUGAAGCACUAUUACUUAUAUAUUUACAUCUGGUAACUGGAUAUAUAGCUGAGGUGAACUGAAGACCUGAGCUGGUGGGUUUUCCUGAAAAUUGUAAGAAGUGAACCCGUUUGUAUUGUUGAAAUGAUUGAAUGAUAAUGGAACUUUAUUGAAAUGUAAUUUAAAAUGGCAGAUCGGAGGUGACAUGAAAGAGGACCUGUGGAUUAGAUUCUAAAUCUGUCCCAAAAUAUUGGUUUGUUUCUUGGUUUUUUUUAAAAAUAAAAUCAUCCUGGAAGGUUUCAUUGAAUGUACAAUGCAAAGCGUUUUGAACUAUUGCUAUAAGAAAUUGCAACCAAACACCGACUUUAUUUAUUUCUCCAGUUAGUAUUAGUACACUGCUCUCAAGCAGCAGCCUUCCUCUGUUUCCUGGCAACCAGUUGCAGUAACUCUAAAUUAACAUGGUACUGGAUCUGUGCAAGAUGCUGCUUGUCAUGAGCCUGUCGGUGUCGACUUUCAUUAUCGAGGCCCAGAACUAAGCAACGUGCCUGUUUCCUGCAUUCGUAUAAUUGCCCCUAUAAUUGCACAUCCCUAAGAUUUCUCCGGGUACGUUUUGUGGAAUUUUCACUUGUGUAAACAGAACUCUAACUGGAACAUUUGUCCUGUUAACAGUUUGAUAAAGCAGAACGCUGGAGAAAAUCUGUUUGCCAUUUGGUUUUUUCUUUAGGUAUCUUGCUUCAGCUAUUCACCAGGAAAAGAAUGUAACCUUGAUGCUGUUCAUUAAAUUAAAUAUUGGAUAGAU